ACGUCAUACUCCUGCGACGGAACUUACCACGUGGGAAGGAUUUAGCCGUGUCGAUGAGGUAAACAACCGCAGUGUAGCUUGGCUGUAUUUGUCCAUAAAAUAUAUAUAUUUCCAUUUCAUUUUGAACAAGCCUUAAGUUUUGCUUUGUAAAGCGGUUCUCUCUAGACCAUGCCCCACAACCCCGAUCAUCCUCCGGCGAAGAAAUUUAAGCCGGGGUCUCCUUUUUUCCGUCUUGACAAGAAGCCUGGGAUGCUGCUACCUAGAAAGGAAAAUGCAUCGGUACCAAUAGACGUGCAAAGGAAAAAUCUUCCCAUUUACCAGGCGAAGUCUCAACUCAUUAACCAGCUUAGACAGCUUCAUAGUGCUGUAUUGAUAGGUGAGACGGGUUCUGGGAAGACCACCCAGAUUCCUCAGUACCUGUAUGAAGCUGGCAUCGCGCGACAGGGCAUCGUCGCUGUGACACAGCCACGCCGAGUGGCAGCUAUCUCCCUGGCAACGAGGGUAGCAGAGGAGAAGAGAACUCAGCUGGGGAAACUGGUUGGCUACACGGUGCGAUUUGAGGAUGUCACCUCCUCGGAGACGAAGCUGAAGUUCAUGACAGAUGGUAUGCUCCUGCGUGAGGCCAUAGGAGACCCCUUACUGCUACGCUACACCGUGGUGGUGCUGGACGAGGCUCACGAGCGCACUGUGCACACGGACGUGCUUUUCGGAGUGGUAAAGGCUGCCCAGCGCAAACGCAGAGAACAGAACAAGAUCCCCCUCAAGGUAUGUGAUGUCAGCACCAUGGACGUGGACCUGUUCUCGAAGUACUUCAACAAGUCUCCUGUGCUGUACCUGGGGGCAGGCAGCAUCCCAUCCAGAUUGUACACACCAAGCAGCCCCAGUUCAGACUACCUGCAGGCUGCACUGGUGUCAGUCUUUCCAGUCCAAUCAGCCCCUGCGUCACAUGACAUCCUGGUGUUCAUGACAGGACAGGAGGAGAUAGAGGCGCUGGCUCGUACCUGCCGUGACAUCGCCAAGCACCUCCCUGACAGCUGUGGUCCCAUGACUGUCAUCCCCCUGUACGCCUCCCUACCCCCUUUACAGCAGCUCAGAGUCUUCCAGCCUGCACCGAAGGGUUGUAGGAAGGUAAUCCUGUCAACCAACAUUGCAGAGACGUCGAUCACCAUCUCGGGGAUCAAAUACGUCAUUGAUACAGGCAUGGUGAAAGCAAAACGUUUCAACCCAGAGAGCGGUCUGGAGGUGUUGGCAGUGCAGCGUGUAUCUAAAGCCCAGGCGUGGCAGAGGGCGGGCAGGGCUGGCAGAGAGGACUCCGGCUCCGUCUACCGUCUCUACACCGAGGACGAGUUUGACAACCUCAUCCCCAUGACCGUGCCUGAGAUACAAAGGUGUAACCUGGCCAGUGUCAUGCUACAGCUUCUGGCUCUGGGAAUCCCUGACGUGAUGAACUUUGACUUCAUGUCUAAGCCUUCUCCUGAGGCGAUGCGUUCGGCCGUGGAGCAGCUGGAUCUGCUGGGGGCUGUAGGGAGGAAAGGUGAGCAGGUCACCCUCACUCCUCUGGGCAAGAAGAUGGCCAGCUUCCCSCUGGAGCCARGCUAUGCCAAGACCAUCUUGCUGUCACCAGACUUCCAGUGUUCUGAGGAGGUGCUGACCAUCGUGUCUCUGCUGUCGGUGGACACGGUGCUCUAUAACCCGCCCGCACGCCGAGAGGAGAGUCUCGCCGCACGCAAGAAGUUCACCACCAGCGAGGGAGAUCACUUGACACUGCUCAACAUCUACAGAGCCUUCAAGAAAGUAAACGCCAACAAGGAGUGGUGUCGGGAGAACUUUGUCAACAGCAGGAACAUGWGCAUGGUUGGAGAGGUCCGUYCACAGCUCCGAGAGAUUUGCCUGAAGCUGAGCAUGAAGCUGGAGUCGUGUGGGUCGGACACGGGGAGCGUGCGUCGCUGCCUGGCCCACGGUCUGUUUAUGAACGCUGCAGAGCUGCAGCCAGAUGGCAGCUACACYGCCCUGGAUACCCACCAGCCUGUUGCCAUCCACCCCUCCUCUGUCCUCUUCCAGGCCAAGCCUGCUUACGUGGUCUUCAAUGAGCUCCUGCACACCUCCAAGUGCUACAUGAGGGACCUGUGUCUGGUGGAUGCUGAUUGGCUGGUCGAGGCCGCGCCUGAGUACUUCCGCCGGAAGCUACGCCCCACCAAGAGCUAGCCUCUGAUUGGACAGGACURUGGGGUGACAAGAGACUACAGCAGAACCAAACCUCCCUGAGCAGUGACACACCUGACCCACGUCUCCCUCAGUGUCAAUAGYAACUGGAUGGAGGCAUGAUGGGAAGAACAUCUUUCUACUCUUUCCUGUUUGCUGAAUCGCUCGUGUCUGUUUACACAAAGCGUAGAAAGACUCUUCAGCACUGCUCGUGUCGAAGACYGAACAUUUAGCAUUUGGUCUGAUAGUUUGGCAGCGUUCAGACAAGCAGCCCAAUUCUAAARUUUUUUUCACUAAUUGAUCUUUUUGAAAAAUCAGAUCAGCUCUGAAACAUAUUUGAUGUGAUUGAUUAAAAGACCAAUUAGUGGGGGGGAAUUGGGCUGCCUGUCUAAAUUCAGCCAAAUAGAGGGGGGUCUGGGUGAGGGMUCUUCUCUGGGUUCUUCUACCUAUUCAUGGGAAAGCGGCCAUGUUUUAUUACAGCAGACGUCUGCUGAACCAUAGAAGAGCUAGAUUCCCCUGACCUAGAUCCGAGGUUACAAACUAAUGUUCCUGUAACUGUGGUUACGAACUGACCGUUUCCUUGUUCAUUCUACUCUCCUCUAGCUGUUGGCUAAUCAUUGCUUGUUGCCACAUAUUUGCUUCACYACCAGAAAUGAGGUUUCAUCAUGAUUGAGUUCAAACACUGAUUUUAAAUAUCUGCAUGUUUCUUAGCAACAUAGAUUAACUCACAGAAGUGGGAUGGCAUGGUUAUUCCUUCAAACAAAUAUAUUCAACAACUGACUUGAAUUGGCUGUUCAUAUUUAAAUUCUGGCCCCUGGUCUAACUUAUUGGCUGUUUGUCACUUGCUUAAAAAAAACAGAGGACAUAUAUAACAUAACUGCCAUUCCAUGUACAUAAUAUUUUCUGUUGACAUAUUGAAAUAUAUAGAUACAUCACAGGAUUGAAUUAGAUGUUUUAAGCAGCAGAUUACAUAAACACUUGGGCAUAGGCUGACUUUUUGUCUUCAUUGAGUUUAGUCACACACAUCUACAUGCUGACAAAAUGACUCGUCUGUCAUUUGUCCUGAAAGGAUACCGAGACAUCUGUCCACAACAUUUGAGGUGGGUGGUCAUAGUGUGGCGGUUGGUUGUGUAUGUGUGUAUGUGUGUGUGUGUGUGUGGCUGGGUUAAUACGUUAUGGCGUCUGUCAGUUGAGGUGGUGUAGGAGGAGCGUAAUUGAAUGUCUUUCAUUAACAAACACCUGCUUUUUCAAACUGUUCACUCACUAUUACCUGAUGCAUGCUCCUGCUGCAGUAACUGGCAGCUCCAAAGACCGAUGCAUUGACCCUCUGGGUAAAUGGACUUCAAAGCUUAUUGUGAAGUUGGUCACAUCAGUUAGCCUGUUUUAAAUGUGGAGCACUGUUGCACAAAUUCCUGCUAAACCAUGUCAAGUAGGUGUACUCGUACAUUGAUAAUGCAAUGCAUGGAGAUUAUAUAGUAGGAAUUGAUUUGAUUACUCAGGUCUUUGAUACACUUGUAAAAUGUCUUGAAUGAAAUGGAUUGUAUCUAUUCGCUGUUCUCUUUUUGUAUUGUUCAGAGCAACCGGAGGAUUGAAGCUGUGGCGGCGGGAUUUGAACAGGGUGUCUGUUGUGCGGACAUGGCAUUUUCACCCAUCUUUCUAUUGUUAAAAAAAAAGAAAAAGAUAAUACGUAAAUAAUAUUGUCUUUAAACUAAAUGAAUGCCACAUUUAGAUCUUGAAGAGCAUCUUAACAUGUGAUUCCUAAAAUAUUUCUUUACGGAGAAUAUAAUAAUCAGAUAAUGUCCCAAAACAAGAAUGAUUGUUUAAAUGGGUGUGAUAGGUUUACACGAUAACCAAUGGUCAUAUGUUUGAUUGAAACGUCAUUGAUGACAGAAUAUUUGCGGUGUUUUAUUGGAUGAUAAACAACCUGACCUGAGUGUGUUUGAAGGUCAAAAGAUUAUAGUGGCGGAUGUGACAGGGUGACUUUAUAUAUUAUAUAUGCUGGUUAUUAUAUCCACUUGUUUUUUCUAAUGAAUUAAACAACUUUUCCUCAUCAA